GUACCCUUCGUCAGGAACCGCUUGGAGUUUCAGAAGCGCGUGGUGCAGCUGAACCUGCAGGUGCCUGCAUGGGCUCCGCCUUCCGAUAAGAAGGUCGAGACCGAGGAGGACGAUGGGGACAAAGUGGACCCUGCUGCAAUUGAGGCUUUGAAGGCAGAGCUUUACAAGGUUGACCCUCAAAGCCUCCGGGAGUGCGAGGCUCACGACUUCGAAAAGGAUGACGACACCAACUUCCACAUCGACUUCCUCACAGCCUCGACGAACCUUCGGGCGAGCAACUACGACAUCAAGCAUACAGAGAGGUCCACCGUCAAGGUGACGGCCGGACGAAUCAUCCCUGCCUUGGCGACCACGACUGCCAUGAUCUGCGGGCUGGUUGACAUGGAGUUCCUCAAGAUUGUUCUCGGGAUGCACCGAGAGGAAGGAGCUUUGGACAAGUUCUACAAUGCGAAUGUGAACCUGGCGACGGGCCUCCAGGCGAUGAACGUGUUCCGACCGGAGCCGGCCAUCGUUCGAAAGACGGAGCUGCCAGGAUCAGUUGCUGAGUUCACCUCGUGGGACAAGGUAGAGGUCGAUGGUGAGAUCCAACUGGAGGAGUUGGUGAAACAUCUCGAAGCAAAACUUGGCGGUGAGCUUCGGCGGCUGCAUCCGGCAGGCAACGACAAGGUUGCUCUCUACGACAGAUCCCAGGCCCAGAUGCUGAACUGGAAGAUUGAAAUUUCUGGGGGCCAG